AUGCAACGUCUCGCAUCUUUUGUCAUGACAUCAAUUCCCAAGAAAGUUCCUAUUCCUAGGAAGGGAGUAGACUAUAGAGGCAAGGUUGUACUUGCUCCUAUGGUUAGGUCCGGCGAACUUCCUUCACGGUUACUUGCUCUCCACUAUGGAGCAGAUUUAGUCUGGGGCCCUGAAACGGUCGAUCGAUCCAUGAUUGGGACGACACGCAAAGUUAACAGCCGUCUUAAUACAAUCGAUUUUACUCGAAUUCCAUCCCAAGGCCAUAAGGAGAAGAAUGCAAACCUAAACGAGAGUCUCAUCUUUCGCCUACAUCCAGAACUUGAAGGCAAAAAACUCAUAUUUCAAAUCGGCACAUCCGACCCAGAACGAGCAGUACAAUGUGCACGUAUAGUGGCCGCAGACGUGGCAGGCAUCGACGUAAAUGCAGGAUGUCCGAAACCCUUCAGUACAAGCGGCGGUAUGGGGGCAGCUCUCUUGCAGACCCCAGAUAAAUUAUGCGCCAUUCUCGAAGCUCUAGUCAAGGAAAUCGUGCCGGAAUUCGAAAUUGGAAUCAGUGUAAAAAUCCGAUUACUGGAAACCCCCGAAAAAACUGAGGCUUUGGUACGUAAGCUUUGCGCUACAGGAAUUACAGGACUCACUAUUCAUUGCCGAACUACACCAAUGCGCCCAAGAGAAAGAGCGAUUCGAGAGCAACUUAAAAUGAUUGCAGAUAUCUGUCGGGAUAGUGGCGUCGCUUGUUUGAUGAAUGGAGAUGUGGAAAAUAGAGAUCAAGCAUUGAAAUUGGCCGAAGAGUACGGUACAAAUGGCGGGAUGAUCGCUGUGGCUGCCGAAGCAAAUUCAAGUUGUUUCAGAAGUGAAGCCGACGGUGGUCUAGCGCCCUGGGAGGAGGUGGUCCACCAAUACAUGAAAUUUUGCCUGGAUACAGAGAACAGAUUCGGAAAUACGAAGUAUCUUUUGAACCACCUGAUACCUGGAAAGGAACCAGUCUAUAGAGCUGUUCAGCAGUCUAAGAAUUACCAACAACUAUGCGAGCAUUUAAAUCAUCAAGCUUUGCUUGAGCAGGCAAUCGACGUGGAUGAGAAGAUUGGUAUUUCUGAUAAGCAGGUCGAGGAGCAUAAAUUAAAGCAAGCGCAAGCAAAGGCGGAGGCAAAAGCAGCAAAGAAAAAGAGAAAGAAUACUGAGGAUGAUGGGGGAGAGCAAAAGAAGAGUCGAGGUCUUGAGGAUCCAGCCGAUCCUUCAUCUUUGGGAGAAGCGGAAAAUGCACCCCUUACUGAACUCAAGCCAGAGAUGGCCAUCAGUGCCUGAGACUAGUUUGACGCAUAGAACCAAGCAUAUAUUUGGGUUAUAAAUGAAUCUGGGGAGCAUUGCGACACUUUGAUCUAUCUAAGUGAUGCCGGAAACGGAAAAAAGGGGGG